GUUGAGUGGACUAUAUGUCAUUCAAUAGAGCACAAGUGAUAGCUUGCAGGAGUCUCCAAUUUAUGCUCCUUGAAAUUUUGUACUCAAUUCCCUAUCUAUCCACUCACCAAAAUUUCAUCUUUGCCUGAAAUUAUCCACAAAUUUGCAGUUACAUAACAGAUACACAAUGCUAUGAUUCAUUUUUAUCAUCUUCAAUGAAUUCUUUAAUGGAAGGAAGUCUCUUCCCCAACAGACCAGCAUUUCCAAAUCAACCAACAAAACCAACACCGGCAAGCAAACGCUUCAAAUUCAAUCCCACUACACUGCCUCUCUCUCCCCAGCCUCAAUCUCCCCCGUCUUUCCCAUUAGACCCUCUUCUUAAACAUCUUUCGUAUCUGUCUUCCCCACCUCCUGUGACCCAUAAGUCAAAAUUUGUGAAACAAGCCCAAAUUAGCAAUACCCAUGUCAAGAAAAGUGAAGAAAGUGUGAAAUAUCAAGAACUUGUGGCUGCCCAUUUGGGGAAAAGUGGUUCUGUGGCAACCCAAGUUCUUGAAAAGACAAAGGUGGAAGCUUUGGAGGUGGUUGAUGAUGAAAUGCUUGGUUUUUUGCCUAAGAGAAGUAAGUUCAUUUUGUAUGAGAUUGUUGAGCAGCCUUUAUCUAGUUUGAAUUCUUAUUUUGAUGGUGUUAAGUUUGAGUUAGUUGAUGUUGAUUUUUUUAGUGUGCUGAAAGGGUUAGAUGUUACCGGGAAUUGGGAAAAGGCGGUUUGUUUGUUUGAAUGGAAUUUGUUGAAUUUUGGUGUUAAGAAUGAUAGGUUAGAUGAUCAGACAAUUGAGUUAAUGGUUAGGAUUCUUGGGAGAGAGUCUCAGCAUUCAAUUACGUCGAGAUUGUUUGAUGCAGUACCUGUUGAGGAUUAUGCGCUUGAUGUACGAGCAUACACGACUAUACUGCAUGCAUAUUCUCGUACUGGCAAGUUUAAGAAGGCUAUUGGUUUGUUUGAAAGUAUGAAGGAGCAAGGGCUGUCUCCAACUUUGGUCACUUACAAUGUAAUGCUGGAUGUUUAUGGGAAGAUGGGUCGGUCUUGGGAUAAAAUUUUAGGUCUUCUGGAUGAGAUGCAUAGCGAAAGACUUAAAUUUGAUGAGUUUACCUGUAGCACUGUUAUAGCAGCUUGUGGGAGAGAGGGAUUGUUGAAGGAAGCAAAAAACUUUUUUGCUGGCCUAAAAACACAAGGCUAUGUGCCAGGAACUGUUACUUAUAAUUCACUGCUCCAAGUGUAUGGGAAAGCGGGCCUAUACUCGGAGGCUAUAAGUGUGCUGAAAGAAAUGGAAGAAAACAACUGUCCACCUGACUCGGUGACUUACAAUGAACUUGUUGCAGCAUAUGUGAGAGCAGGGUUUACUGAAGAAGGAGCUGCUAUAAUAGACAAGAUGCCCCAGAAGGGAGUAUUGCCAAAUGCUAUUACGUAUACGACUGUGAUAGAUGCAUAUGGCAAAGCCGGGAAGGUGGACAAAGCAUUAAGUUUAUUCAAGCAGAUGAAGAAAUCAGGUUGUGUGCCUAAUGUUUGCACAUAUAAUGCCAUCCUUGCAAUGCUAGGGAAGAAGUCACGGUCAGAGGAUAUGAUGGAACUUCUCUGUGAUAUGAAAUCUUAUAAAUGUACUCCUAAUCGUAUCACAUGGAACACGAUGCUUGCAGUGUGUGGUAAUAAAGGUAUGCAUAUAUAUAUGAGCCGCGUAUUACGCGAGAUGAGGAGUUGUGGCUUUGAGCCUGGCAGAGAUACUUUUAUUACUUUGAUAAGUGCAUAUGGCAGGUGUGGAUCAGAAGUUGAUGCUGCUAAUAUGCACGAGGAGAUGAUCAAAGCUGGGUUUGCUCCUUGUGUAACAACUUAUAACGCUCUUUUAAAUGCCUUGGCUCGUCGAGGGGAUUGGAGAGCAGCAGAAUCACUCGUUCAAGAUAUGAAAAACAAGGGAUUCAAACCUAGUGAGGCAUCAUUCUCACUGUUGAUUCAGGCAUACUCCAAGGGAGGGAAUGUGAGGGGAUUAGAAAGAAUCGCAAACCAAAUUUAUGAUAGAGAGAUAUACCCUAGUUGGAUGCUACUGAGAUCCCUUGUCCUAGCAAAUUUUAAGUGUAGAUCAAUAGUUGGCAUGGAUAGAGCACUGAAAGAAUUGCUAAAGAAUGGGUAUAAACCAGACUUAGUUUUAUUCAAUUCCAUGCUUUCAAUGUUUGCAAGAAACAAGAUGUAUGACCGGGCCCAUGAAAUGCUCCAGAUGAUUCGUGACAGUGGGUUCCAGCCAGAUCUCGUUACCUAUAAUAGCUUAAUGGAUAUGUAUGCCAGAAUGGGUCAAUGUUGGAAAGCUGAAGAGAUUCUAAAAAGAAUAUUGAAAGCAGGGGAAAAUCCUGAUCUUGUGUCUUACAAUACUGUCAUUAAAGGCUUCUGCAGGCAAGGUCUUAUGCAGGAAGCUAUACGAAUUCUUUCAGAGAUGAAUGUUAGAGGUAUACGUCCAUGUAUUGUUACCUAUAAUACGUUUGUGGCUGGCUUCUCAGCCCUAGGAUUGUUUCAAGAAGUGAAUGAUGUGAUCAGUUAUAUGAUUCAGGACAGCUGCAAACCCAAUGAGUUAACCUACAAAACAAUUAUUGAUGGUUAUUGUAGAGCAAAACAAUACAAGGAAGCUACGGAUUUUGUCUCAAAUAUUAAGGAAAUGGACAAUUCCUUUGAUGACAGAUCUCUAGAGAGACUUGCAUCCCGCAUUAGGGAGGCUGACAAGUUGUACUAGACUACUUCUCUAGGAUUCAGACUGAUGAAAUUUAAAGGCUCCAUGCAUGUCUGCUCAUACAAGCUUAGUUGUAAAUUAAGAGGUUUACUAGUAUCCUACUGAGGCUUUACAGAUUGAUAGACAAUAAAGGGAGUUUUUCACCUUUCGGCUUACAUGUAUGCAGCAAGUGUGGAGGUUCAUUAAAUGACUAUCCUGCCAUGUGGUCGCAGCCUUGGAGAAGUUCUGGGCGGAGGAAUACUUGAAUAUAUAUAUACUAGGUGACAUCUCUUCUAAUAAGCAACUUAAAUGUUUUUGUCAUGCUCCAGUUAGAUCAUUUGUAUGUGCACCAUGAGGCUGAUAUAUGGAUGAGUAUAACCAUGAACAUAGUUUUCCAUAGAGAUUAUAAAUAUCUAUAAAAUAUAUUUUUUAAUUUGUCUUUAAA